AUGAGUACCGAUCCCAAGUUCGACGCGCUGCACAAGCAGCUAUUUGAGGAGGGCCUCAAGAUGCGGCGCAGCGUGGUCGGUGACGCAUACGUUGAUCGUGCGCUCGCUGCUGGCUCCACCGAAUUUUCCAAGCCUGGCCAGGAGCUCGUCACUGAAUGGUGUUGGGGCUACGCCUGGACACGACCAGGCCUCGAGAAGAAACAGCGCAGCUUGCUCAACAUUGGCAUGCUGAUGGCCUUGAACCGGACGCCUGAACUGGCAGUCCACGUCCGCGGUGCGAGAAAUAAUGGACUCACGGAGCUCGAGAUCCGGGAGGCUAUUCUGCAUUGCACCACCUACUGUGGUGUUCCAGCCGGAGUCGAGGCCAUGAAGACGGCAGAAAAGGUCCUGAACGAGAUGGCAGAGAAGGGCGAGAAGGCGAGAGAACUGGGAGAUAAAGCGGCAUAA